UCUUUCCUCCUGCAACAAGAGGAGGUGGUGUACGGAAGUAGCGUGGGAUUUUAUUACUAAGCAACAGAGACCAGUACAUACCGGCGAAUUGGUGAAAACGGUAUUAAAUUGUAUCAUCUACUUCAACCACAUCCAGAGAACAAGUGCCAAAUAAGCCUUCGCCUAGACGCUGCAAUUUGCUGUUGUCGUAGUUAUACUGUGAUACGUUAUUUUCUGCAUGAAACCGAAUCAAAUCGAGCAGGUUGCUCUGGCAUGAAUAAAUGUAAAGACCCCCCGUUAGCUGCGACAGAAAUGCAUGCGAAUAAUCACCAAAAUCACGACUCUCACUGUGGAACCGUUGUGGCCCGUGCACGAUGGGGUCUUCUGCGACAGGUUCUGAAACAGAAGCAGCUCGACAGUUCAGAUGUUCAGCAGGUGUCAGUACGAAGAUUCUCCUCCUUUAACCUGUUCUCCAGGAGCAGGGUCACUCCCACAGAGACGGAUGACCCAUCAGACGGGCAGUGGGUGGAGUACAGAAGUGCCAUCUUUCCCCAAUACAGUGCCUUACUCAGAGACAAUCUUGGCCCUAUUAGAGUGGAUGAGGUGCUCAGCAGCUUUGACAACACUGGAAAUGUCUGUGUCUGGCCUUCUGAAGAGGUGAUGGCCUACUACUGCCUGAAGAAACGUCACAUGUUUACGGGCUCCUCGGUGUGUGAGCUGGGUGGAGGGAUGACGUGCCUUGCCGGGCUCAUGAUUGCGGUUUGUGCUGACGUGAAGGAAGUGCUGCUAUCUGAUGGCAACGAGAAGGCAAUUCAAAAUGUACGCAGUGUAAUCGAGAAGAACAGACGAGAAGGGCUCUUCCUGUCUACCAAUGUGUCCAGCAGGGUGGUGAGAUGGGACAAUGAGGCUGAUGUGUCCGCUCUGGAGGGUCGCUUUGACGUGGUGAUGUGCGCUGACUGUCUGUUUCUUGACCAGUACAGAGCCAGCCUGGUUGAUGCACUAAGAAGAUUACUGCGACCUGAUGGCACCGCUCUAGUAUUUGCCCCUACCAGAGGAGACACACUGGCUGAAUUCUGCAGACUGGGAGAGAGCGCAGGCCUGAGAGUGUGUCGCUAUGACAACUACGACUCACACUUGUGGGACCUUCACCUAAAGAUGCAGAGAGAGGGAAAGGAGGUGUACGAUGAGAACAUCCACUAUCCUCUUCUCCUCACUCUCACUCACGGAUCCAGUCCAGCCCUGAUUUGAGCUGGGCAAAGCCAUCUCAUACCAGGCUGCCUUUCUGUACCGCCCACCCCGGCUUUGCCACUGUGUCCUCACCUCCUGUGCGUGUGCGCCAGGCCUAAGCGGCCUCUUAUCACACUCCUCAAAUACCUUUUUUAACUACAGCGUGCGUGUGUGCUUUGAAAACAGACUGUGUAGGUGAGUUUCCGUGUGUGUGUACUUGACCUGUUUACUGUGCAAUAACAGUGUGAAAUGUGUUAAAUGGGAAUGGAGAACACAUCCCUCCCUCUCAUCCUACAGACACUGCGGAUGUGACGCUCAGAUAUGAACUCAUUUAAUGCCUGUGAGUAUGCGUGAUAUCAGAGAUGAUGUUUCAGGGCAGAACAUUAUGAAUUUAUAAAUUCCACUCUGGAGGCUGAUUCAGCUAAUCAGGUUCGCAGGACUAUCUUCGCCUCUUUACAACGGCGUAAAUGAGGCCGUAGGGUCGUCUUGAUCAUGAGAUCUUGUUAUAUAUAAUGACACCAGCUCUCAGUUCAUCGUUAGCUACUGAUUCUGUAUCUACACUCAAAGGUUCAUUCUGACACCAAAGGUUAUGAAGGGUUGAGAUGGAUGCUGCUGUGCUGAAUGUUAUUUGCUUCACUGUGAAAUGCUCUCACCUGGCAUUUUUUAUCGAAGAACUGACAAGAUAUGACAGAUUAGGCCAUACUAAGGCUGAAUUGACGUCUUGACAGUGUUACACUUCCACCGGUAAGACCUGCAGCAGUGUUCUCCACUGAGUCCUGUAUGUUUAGAGAGCACUCAAUGUGCACGCUAGACUAAUGGCCUCAUUAAAGAGAUAGCUCACCCAAAAAUAAUGAUGAUUGUGUCACUGUUUACUCACUCACCCUCAUGUCUUUGAAAUCCAUUUUAUUUUCCUUUAACCUUAGAAUGCAAAAGGGGUUAUUUGUAGCAGAAUGUCCAAACUGCUCUUUUCCAUACAAUAAAAGUGAAUGGUAACCAUGACUGUCAAGCAAGAUUUCCAGAGAAUUAACAACUUUAAUUUUAGUCUUUUCUACACACAAUGGCUUCAGAGGAUUUGGAAAAUAGUGUGAAAGUUGUGUGAUGUUUUUAUAGUGCUUUUUUUGGAAGUUGUCAGCCUCUGGUCAUCAUCUUUCAUUGUAUGGGAAAAAGUUUUUGGACAUUCUACUAAAUGUUUAUGUUCCACUUAUGAAAGAAAAUAAUACAGGUUUGGAAACAACAUGAGGGAAUUUUAGACAGAAUUUUAAUUUUUGAGUGAACUAUACUGUAAAGAGUUAGUUCACCCAAAAAUGAAAAUUCUGUCAUUAAUUACUCACCCUCAUGUGGUUCCAAACCUGUAAGACUUUCGUUGAUCUUCGGAAUACAAAUUAAGAUCUUUUUGAUGAAAUCUUAAAGCUUUCUGUCCCUCCUUAGACAGCUACGCAACUGGAACUUUGACGCUUCAAAAAGUUCAUAAAGAGAUCGUAAAAAUAAUCCAAAUUUAGUCCAAAUUUUCUGAAGAGACUUGAUUGCUUUAUAUGAUGAACAGAUUUAAUUUAGGCUUUUAUUCACAUAUAAACAUUGAUCGGCGAACAUAAACAGAAGCUCAACCGAAUCUGCUUGACCCGCAAGAACAAACCUCUUCUGGAGGCUCAAACGUGAUGCGUAACACACGAGAAUGAACCUCAUUGGUUCUCGCACGCGUCAAGCAAACUUGCUUGAGCUAACCAAUGUGUGUGUUAAUGAAUGUUUAUAUGUGAAUAAAAGCCUAAAUUCAAUCUGUUCAUCAUAUAAAGCGAUCGUUUCUCCUCAGAAAAUUUGGACUAAACUGCUCAAUUCAUUUUCACUCAACUUUUUGAAGCAUCAAAGUGUCAGUUGCGUAGCUCUCUAUGGAGGGACAGAAAGCUCUCAGAUUUCAUCAAAAAGAUCUUCAUUUGAUGAAUGAAAGUCUUACAGGUUUGGAACGACAUGAGGGUGAGUAAAUGAUGAGAGAAUUUUCAUUUUUGGGUGAACUAACCCUUUAAAUCUAAAUUUAAUUAAUGGUUACAAUUAAUAGAAAACUAUAUUCUUUGGUUUGGGGUUGUUCUUGUAUACAAAAGUUAUGUUUUGGUAUAUAUUUAGAAGAGUAUUAUUUUAUCCUCAAAUAUUAUAUAUUAAACUCUUAAACUGAUUUAUGCAUUAACAAAUAAAUCUAUUGGUUGAUUUUAAUAUAUAGUGCUCAGCGUAAAUGAGUACACCCCCUUUGAAAAGUAACAUUUUAAACAAUAUCUCAUUGAACACAAAAACAAUUUCCAAAAUGUUGACAAGACUAAGUUUUAUAUAACAUCUGUUUAACUGAUAACAUGAAAGUAAGGUUAAUAAUAUAACUUGGAGAACAAAAUUUUCAAUUUUACUCAAAUUAGGGUGAUGCAAAAAUGAGUACACCCCACUGAAAGUCUCUGGAGCAAAGCUACAUUUUAGACUACAAAUGUCUAAUUUAACAAGAAUUCAAACACAGGUGAGACUAAUUAUUCAUUACACAGGUGUCCAGCAGACAGUUGACUAUAAAAGGGUGUUAAAACCCCUUCCCAUUUCAUGCUGUCAGCAAUGGCACCACAUGGAAGAGAAAUGUCACAAGACCUGAGAAAGAAAAUAAUUUCUUUACACCAGAAAGGUGAAGGCUACAAGAAGAUCAGCAAAUCUUUACUUAUCAGUCAGAAUAUUGUAGCAAAAGUGGUACAAAAAUUAAAAAAGAUGGAACUGCAACCAUCUCACAGAGAUGUCCAGGUCAUCCACGGAAGUUAACACCUCGACAGGAGCGUCUUCUGAUGAGAAGGUCGUCGUGCACUUUUCCAACAUGACAAUGAUCCUAAACACACAUCUAAGGCCACUGUUGGAUUUCUGAAGAAGAACAGGGUGAAAGUGAUUCAUCGGCUCCUGAUCUGAAUCCAAUCGAACACCUAUGGGGAAUUCUGAAGAGACAAGUUGAGCAUCACUCUCCAUCCAGCAUCCAGUCUCUAAAAGAGGUCAUUCUUGAAGAAUGGAAAAAGAUAGAUGUUGCAAAAUGUCGCCAACUUUUUCAUUCCAUGCCUAGAAGACUUGGUGCUGUCAUUACAAAUCAUGGAGGCUAUACAAAGUACUAAAUGUAGUAGUUUUUGUUGUGGGGUGUACUCAUUUUUGCAUUACCCUAAUUUGAGAAAAAAAUGAAAAAUGUGUAAUCUAAGGUGUAUUAUUAACCUUACUUAAACAGAUGUUAUAUUAAACUUAGUCUUGUCAACAUUUUGGAAAUUGUUUUUGUGUUCGUUGAGAUAUUGUUUGAAAUGUUACUUUUCAAAGGGGGGUGUACUCAUUUACGCUGAGCACUAUAUAUAUAUAUAUAUAUAUAUAUAUUAUUCUGACACAGGGCUUUCCUAUAGCCCCUUUUUCCCACUGUUGUUUUCUCCUGGUGGUGAGCUGGUGACGCCUCAUUCAGAGCUCUUUGGUUCGUUGUGAAUUGUUCAGGGCUGUGUGCUUCUGCACUGUGAUUACAUUUGUACAAAACACAGACGAGUCCAAAGUGAUUGUUUCUCACUGGCACUGCAGGUGCUUGUAACGACUGUGAUUAAAUCAUUGUUUUGAAUCCU